AUGUCUGAGAAAAAAAUGGCAUCGAGUCGCAAGCAUCAUCUGAAGAGCUUGAUGCUCCAGAUUGCUAAGGGCUUGCUAGAUGCAGAGGCCAUAGAGGCAGUGGAAGAGAAGAAAAUGUACAUGGAUGAGAACUGCGCUGCAUUGGACAUGCCUGGGUCAUUGGCGGAACUGCAGGAACUGUGCAAGACAAUUCAUCACCAGAUUGAUAAAGUGGAUGAAGAGAGAUAUGACCUGGCAGGCAAAGUGGGCAAGUGUGACAAAGAGAUUGAGGAUUUGAGGAUUAAAGUGAUUGAGUUCCAAGGCAUGAAGAAGCCAGCUCUGAAGAAAGUACGUAUGUCUGCUGACUCCAUGCUCCAGGCACUGCUGGGCUCCAAGCACAAGGUGUCUAUGGAUUUUAGAGCCAACCUGAAAGAAGUGAAGAAGGAAGUCAAAGAGGAGGACAAAGAUGCAGUUGGUGACUGGCGUAAGAACAUUGAUGACAAGGCAGGCAUGGACGGCAGAAAGAAGAUGUUUGAGGCCGUAUAA